GACGUGCCGUGCCGCAGCGCGCUGUGCCGGGCCGGCUGUCCGCGCGGUGAGCGGGCUGAGGGGACGGGCCGGGCGACGCGGGCUGCUCGGUGAGGGAGGAGCCGGGGCGGCGUGCUCAGCGUUAGGCCAAAGUCGGGUGCGAUCCUUCGGCUGAGGGGAUCCUGGCGGGUGGGGAGGCCUGAGGGAAACGGGCGGGAGCAGAGUGGAGAGGGGGGGAUGGGCGCUCCGGGCCGCGUCGGUGCCGAGCAGCGGCGUGAAGCGGUAACGCACGGCGAUGGGAGGGUACGGGCGGCACCGAGGAGCACAGCGAAGGUACUGAUUCGAGGCAGCAUCGUACAGAACGUACGAGAUGGCAAAUUGUUAUCAGACGAUGUGACUCAUUAUGUUGUCCCAGACUGGAAGGUCGUUCAGGACUACCUUGAGAUUCUUGAGUUUCCAGAGCUGAAAGGUAUUAUUUUCAUGCAAACGGCAUGUCAAGCUGUGCAACAUCAAAAAGGUCGCAGACAGUACAACAAGUUGCGAAACCUAAUAAAGGACACUCGUCAUGACUGUACAGUGUUUGCCAAUGAGUUCCACCAGAAUUCUUACCAGCCACGAGAGAAGGGAGAAUCCAUGGAGAAGUGGCAGACCAGGAGUAUUUACAAUGCAGCAGUUUGGUAUUAUAAUCAUUGCUUGGGUCAGAUGCCAGUUGUUAUGGUAACCGAAGAUGAAGAUGCUAUCAGGCAGUACGGAAAUGAAACAGGAGGAGUGUUUGUGAUUUCCUUUAAGAACUACUUGGAUAACUUUUGGCCUGAUUUAAAGGCUGCUCACGAACUCUUUGACUCAAUACUUCAAGCUCGGCGUGAACGGGAGAUUGAAAGUCAAGAAAACAAUGGGAAAGAAUAUCCUGAGCACUUACCCAUGGAAGUAUUGGAGGCUGGGAUCAAAUCUGGGAGGUACAUACAGGGUGCACUGAAUGUCAAUAAGCACAGAGCACAACUGGAAGCUUUUGUUCGACUUCAGGGAUUUGGCAGCAAAGAAACAGAGCUUCAAAGUGACAUCCUUAUUUAUGGGGCCAAAGCUCGAAAUCGUGCAAUCCAUGGUGAUGUGGUAGCGGUGGAGUUACUCCCUUCCCAUGAAUGGAAAGGAAGGACUGUUGCCCUUUGUGAGAAUGAGACUGAGGAUAAAGCACCUGCAGACACCACUGGUGAUCCCAUGCCCACAGGUAAAGUUGUUGGAAUCAUUCAAAAGAACUGGAGGGAUUAUGUGGUCACUUUCCCCUCUAGAGAAGAGUGCCAGUCCCAAGGCAGAAAUGCUCAGAAAAUCCUUGUAACACCUUGGGACUACAGAAUUCCCAAAAUCCGGAUCAGUACCCAGCAAGCAGAAGCACUGCAGGAGUACAGAGUUGUUGUGCGCAUUGAUUCUUGGGAAUCAACUUCUGUAUAUCCAAAUGGACACUUUGUGAGAGUUUUAGGAAGAAUUGGAGAUCUCGAAGGGGAAAUAGCAGCUAUUCUGGUGGAGAACAGCAUUACUGUUGCUCCCUUCUCAGAAAUUCAGAUGAAUGAAAUGCCUGUGAGUUCUUCAAAGAAUCCAUGGAAAGUGAAUCCAGAGGAGGAAAAAAAACGUCUCAAUUUGAGAGAUACACACUUAAUAUUCAGCAUUGACCCAAAAGGUUGUGAAGAUGUGGAUGAUGCACUGUCCGUUAGAACUCUGCCUAAUGGGAAUCUAGAGCUAGGUGUCCACAUUGCAGAUGUGACCUAUUUUGUGGCAGCAAAUUCUUACACCGACAUUGAGGCAAGAGCAAGGGCCACAACUUACUAUUUAGCAGAUCGUCGUUACGACAUGCUGCCCUCUGUCCUGAGUGCUGACAUAUGCUCUCUUCUCAGUGGAGUUGAUCGGUAUGCUGUAAGUGUCUUGUGGGAACUAGAAAGAGAGUCAUACGAGAUACUGAGAGUCUGCUACAACAAAAGCAUCAUUCGAUCUGCAUACAAGCUAGUCUACGAAGUAGCACAGGGGUUAUUAGAUGGGGACACGAGUGUUGUCGAUGAUAUCCUGGAACUGAAAGAUUUGGAUGAAAGAACGAGAGAGAAGAAAUUGUCUGAACUGGUUUGGGCAAUAUCAAAACUCACCGAUAUAGCACGACACAUUAGAGCUAAGCGGGACAGCUGCGGUGCUCUGGAACUAGAAGGGGUAGAAAUCCGAGUGCAACUGGAUGAUAAAAAAAAUAUUCAUGAUCUCAUCCCCAAGCAGCCACUGGAAGUUCAUGAGACUGUAGCAGAAUGUAUGAUUCUUGCAAACCACUGGGUGGCAAAAAAGAUUUCAGAAAGCUUUCCUCAUCAAGCUUUGUUACGUCAACAUCCUCCACCACGACAGGAAUUUUUUACUGACCUUCAAGAAUGUGCCAGUGCCAAAGGUUUCGCAAUAGACACACGGUCUAACAAAGCAUUGGCUGAGUCCCUGGAUAAAGCAGAUGAUCCAUUGGAUCCAAUUGUAAAUAAACUGUUGCGAUCUAUGGCUACUCAAGCAAUGUCAAAUGCACUGUACUUCUCAACUGGCUCUUGUUCUGAGGAAGAGUUUCAUCAUUAUGGACUUGCUUUAGAUAAGUACACUCAUUUUACUUCUCCUAUUAGAAGAUAUGCUGAUAUAAUUGUCCACAGGCUCUUGAUGGCAGCAACUCUGAAGGAAACUAAGGAUCUUAAGGAUAAACUAUUCAGUAACAAGGAUCUUGAGGACUUGUGCAAACACAUUAAUAACAGGAACAGGGCAGCCCAGCAUGCUCAGAAACAGUCUACUGAACUCUUUCAAUGCAUGUACUUCAAAGAUAAAAGCCCAGAAACAGAUGAGCGCUGCAUAGCAGAUGGAGUUAUCUACUCAAUUCGAACAAAUGGUGUGCUUGUUUUUGUGCCAAGAUAUGGAAUCAAAGGUGCGGCUUACAUGAAAAACAAGGAAGGCUUAGUGCUCUCUUGUCAAGGUGAGAGAAGCUGUGAGUGGAAGCCUGGAUCACUUCAACGGUUUCAAAACAGAAUUACUUCCACUACAACCACUGGAGAAUCGGUCACAUUAAGCCUCUUUGAUCACAUUACAGUGAAAAUACUUGUGCAGACUUCCCGCUGCCACGCUGACACAAUCAAGCUUGAAAUAAUCAAGAACACCCCAUACCAGACUUCAGCCACAGAAGUUUCCAAGAAGAAUUUUGGUGUGGUGAAAUCUGACUUAGUCAGAGAAGUCACUCAGUCUGCAGAAGCACUGAGUGCCCAGGAAAAAGCAAGAAGCACAGUAACUGAGGAGCAAUGUGUGGAGUAUCAGGAGUACUGCCAGACAAAGGGAGCAAGCUUAUACCAGCUGCUGGAGGAGAUCAGGGACUUGGCUCUAUUAGAUGUUUCAGCUGAUGCGUGCAGUUGCUGAUGCUCUGCUUAUAGUUACUUUGUACAAUUUUUUAUUUUAAAAAGUAUAUUUAAAAAAUGAAGUCAUUUUAAUGAGAUAAAUUGUCUAUUUUAAAUAAGAACUCUUUGUAACUGAUUAUGAGCACAUGCAACAGAGAUUUUAUACAUGAUAAAUCUUACCUUCCCAACUAAA